AUGGCUCUAACAUUGGACUUAGACAAGUUCUCUGUCCGUCAUCUCCAAACUAAAGAAGGGCUAGAAGAUGCUUUCGAGCAUUUGAACAACGCGUUGGCUGUCGGCCACAUUGAGGACGUCGUGUCCGACCUUCUCUCGAGACCGGGUCUGUUUGUAUACAUAUUUUCUGGUGAGAUGUCCGCGUGUAGUGCUUCGGGUGAAAUGACAAACAUCCCCGUAGUCUUCCCAGACUCCUUACCCAUGCGCAUUAAGAUCCUCCAUGCCUUUCCGACGGAUUCGCAAAUCAUACAACAGUCUUUCAUUCCACCUCUUCUCUCGACUUUAUCCGCGUUUUUCUUUACCUUACCUGCCGAUGCUUUCCAUGGCGACGAGUCACGAACCGUUGGCAGGUACGAACGUUACGUUGCGGAUGUUUGGCCUGCAAUGGCCGUCCUGUCUUGCAUAGCCUUUGGCACCACAACUUCCAGAAACAAGAUGAAAGUUGACUUCAAGGACAGAAAAACAACUGUUUCAGCGCAUGACGCUACCGUUCUACGCAAGUUGGGCAUCGAUCUGCCUUCUGAUUCCCACGCCGCCAUGCAGGCCUUGGGAGAUGUAAUGAAUAUCAUAUCGCAGAUUCUAAAAUUUUAUCUUGGCUUAUUGUGUGAUCCUCGGUUUGGGAACCAAUGCAAGGACGUUUACUUUGGUGCCAGUGGCGAACGGGAUCACGAUGAAACGGAAGCUGCGGUCGCGUUACCGCUAGCGUAUACCGAAGUCCCCCAUCUUGAAGCGACGCUGGCUGUCGCCGACAUAGAUCAAUUCGGCGAAUGGUAUCAAAUUGACUGCGCGCUCGACGAUGAUGGCCAGGCAGAACACCAAGGUAAGGCGUCACAAAGUUUUGUGCUCCCUACUCAAUUGCCAGAAGUCGUCAAAGUGUAUGGAAUUUAUUCGCACAAGGAACUGGAUCACAUUUGGCCAUGGCUUAGCAAGCUCCUGAACGGGCGUGGUACAGAAUAUCGGCGAAGAUGUGUCCUCAGGGAACGUACUGAAUCAGGCGGCGGAGUUUACCGCCCGGCCCUCUUCCGUCCAAGAAUGGAAGAGUUUACCACGGAAGAAUCUCCUAUAUUUGUUCAUGAAGAUGGAAAAAAUGAGGAUCUUAGUUGGGUUAUGUCGAACAAAUAUGUCAAACUGUCAAAGGCUUUCCUCAAUGGAUUGAGAGCAGAGCAGAAAGUUGAAUUACCGUUCCAGCUAACGACGAAAGAAUGGCAAAUCGUACAAUGCCCGACAUCCUGUUAUGUCAUUGGAAGGAGCGGAACGGGCAAAACGACUGCCAUGGUUUUCAAGAUGCUGGGUAUCCAGCGCGCAUGGGAGCAAGUUCCUGGUGUGAAAAAACCCCGCCAACUUUUCGUUACGAGAUUUCCGGUCCUUGCUGCCAAAGUCGAAGAGUUCUACACUGGUGUGGUGGAGUCUUUGGCGUUGGCGGGACGCACCGAAGAUGAACUCAGGAACCUAAGGUCUCAGGCUCGAAAUGCUGAGCAAGAACUGCCACAAAUGAUCGAUCCGCUGAAUGCUGUCAGCUACCGCCUUGGAACGCCACACAAAUAUAGCGAGCUCAGUGACCACGACUUUCCGUUGUUCAUCACAUUCGAUCAAUUGGCACGGAUGAUUGCGGCGGAUAUUCAGGCCGACGACUCAAAAGGAUGUGAUCGUCUUAUCGACUCGAAAGAAUAUGAUCGCCUCAAGUUCAUACUUGAUAAGGUGGUAAAUGACGAGUCCUUCAUUCGACCAUGGCUCGUCUUCAGUGAAUUUAUGGGCGUUAUUAAAGGAUCGGAGAAAGCUUUCGGUAGCCCCAAUGGAAUUCUCGAUCGACAAGCAUACGUGAAUCUCUCCUCUCGCAAUUAUCCCGUGUUUGCAGGAGAUAGGGAUUCACUGUACAAUUGUUUCGAAUUGUAUUCCAAGCUGAAGCAUGAGCGAUAUGGUUAUGACAUGGCCGACAGAACAUAUGCCAUCUUGAAAGUGUUAUCAUGCAACCCUUUGAAAGGACAGCCCGUAGACUAUUUAUAUGUCGACGAAGUGCAGGAUAACCUGAUCAUCGACACAAUCUUGCUGAGAAUCCUCUGCAGAAAUGCAGAUGGGUUGUUCUGGGCGGGUGACACUGCUCAGACGAUAUCUGCCGGGUCUAGUUUCCGAUUUUCGGAGCUGAAAGCCUUCAUUCAUCGUGUUGAGGCAAAAGGAGGUAUGGGAAUUCCGAAGUGUUGCGCCAAACCCGAACAAUUUGAGCUUGCCAUCAAUUACCGCUCCCAUGGUGGCAUAGUUAACUGUGCGCAGUCAGUCGUGAAACUUUUAACUGAUUUUUGGCCGCAUUCGAUCGACAUGUUGCAACCUGAAUGUGCAAUGCUGGGUGGACCCAAACCUGUCUUUUUCGCGGGAUCGUCAAAUGAAAGCCUUCCGUAUGAGCCAUUCUUUUCAGGGCUUAAUGGUAAUCGAGAGCUCGGUGCUGAACAAUGUAUCCUCGUAAGGGAUAGCAUCAUACGUGACCAAAUCCGGAAGCGGUAUGGUGAUAUUGCUGUAAUCCUGACUCUCCCAGAAAGCAAGGGGUUGGAAUUUGACGAUGUUUUCCUCUAUAACUUCUUCGAAGAUUCUCCUGCCCAGGUGUCUCAAUGGCGCAUUGUCUUGAUGGCAGACAACAGUCAAGAAACCACUCCAUCACGCGAUGUAAGGGAAAGUCCACAUUCCGUGCUGUGUACCGAACUGAAAAAUCUCUACGUGGGAAUCACCCGAGCCCGGAAGAGGUUAUUCCUUCUGGACCACUCCCAUAAGAGUGAACCGAUGAGGGAAUUCUGGUCGAAGGACGGUCUUAUUGAUGUUGCACCCCCGGGCAAUAUUUCCCAAUACAUCGGCGAGUCAACCCCAGAACAGUGGGCCGCAUCCGGCUAUAAACUAUUCAAUGCUGGACAAUUCCAAGAAGCAAUUCGCUGCUUCGAACGCGCAAACCUACCGACACAGCUCCGAAUCGCACAGGCAUACCGACUCCGUGAGGUUGCAAUGUUAACCUCUCAAGCUCGCGAACGCCAGAAGGCGUUCCUUAGUGCAGCGGAAGCAUUCGUUGAGUGUGCAGGCGAGGCCCACGGCACGCAAAAGACUAGUUUCUAUGGUGCUGCCGCGAAGUGCUACGGAUUGGCCGACAGCGUCCACCAGGCAGCGAAAUUUUACAUUAAUGCUGAUGAUUUUGCCGGGGCUGCCAAGCAAUAUCACAAAGCUGGUUGCUUUGACGAGAUAGCGCAAAUACUAAAACGUUACCAUGAGAGAAUCGCUAAAAGCUACAAGAACGAGCUGCUGUACAUAUGCGUUGUGCACUAUUCUCGCAAUGGUCUGAGACCACCAACCCCCUUGUUCUCUGAGACAGAGGAAGAACUAAAAUAUCUGGAAGACAAAGGCUUACAUCAGGCACGCAUUGAUCUGUUGGCAUCGUUAGGGAGGUUUCUCGAGGUCGCCGAGAUUCAGCUUCUUAAUCUUGGACGGCCGUGCGAUGCUAUCCGAACCCUCCUAGAGCACCAAGACAACCAACCCGGCGCGAUGCAACGUGCUGUAGAUAUUGCCCUGGAUAUUCUAUGGCGGGGGUGUUCCUUUGAUACGGCAGUCCACGACAUCCUGCAGAGCAAGGAAGCCGAUGCUUACAAGGUACUGAGCUGUAUAAAAGACAUUCCGCUUUCGCCCUUGAAGUUAACAGAUAGCAGAGAAAUCCGCUUUUUCCGUACAGUCCAGAAGUCUCCGUCUGCUAAGGAGAUCUAUCAGCUAGGAGAGGAAUUCUCUGAUCAGAAAGAAAAUGCCAUGGCACUCAUGGCAUUCGACGUCUUCCACUCACGGAUGCCGACACUUCAUUCCGUACACCCUUCAGAAUUUGAUAAUUUCCUGAGGCGCUUCGAAAGAUACAUUCGCCUUUUAGCUUCUAUUGUGUCUGGCGACAUUCCUCUUCAGGCUACCGACUCUCAAGUGCGGAAAGUCUUCGGCAUCGUUCCAUCGUCCGAUCACCAUUAUUCAAUCACGACGGGGUCGUUUCUACAUAGGAAGUUCACACAGAAUCGACAUUUGUCGGCAGACAUUGACCUCCUAUUGAACGCGCGAUUGAAAGAACGGCUACGCCAAAAAGUCGUAGAAGAAAACAAUAUAUCCUGUAUCGCUCGAGCUUUUUCACCUCCAUGCCCAUUUUCUCUUCUGCACGAUUGUCGCUGCUACACUGACGCGCUGCAAUCAUCAACACUUGAGGAGAACGUCGUUAAAUGCAGCAUUGUACAACAUGAAGGAGGAUAUAAAGACUGGUACUCAAGCAUGAUGGCCGGGUUGCACCGCCUGUAUGCGGCUAUAUACUAUCCAAUUUACGUUGCGGGUUCCGUUGCCGAUCUCGACUGGAACCUCGUCCGGAAUGCUGCAGAAUGCAUCAGCGCUGCUCGGAUAUGGAUUCAAAAUGUAAUUGAAUACCUGAUGACUACUGAUGAUCCGGCAAAAGAAGGCGACUACUUGAUGAACAUCAUCCGUGUUACUUGUCUCCAUAAGGUGCUGGGUGGAGAUUUUCAGUUACAGGAAUAUGUCUCGCGGAGUGAAUGUUGUCCCAUAUCCUACGGAACAGAAGACGAGACGGAGGUCGGAGAUGAUGAUGUUUCAGUGGAUGUAGUUACAUCCCUGAUCAAUUUGGAUCCAAUCCUUGGAAUGUCAGCUCUUCGCUUCAUGUUACAGAACGGUACUGGUAUGGAUCUGUCCGUUGUAUGCAAUUUUGUGGAGGAAAUUUGUAGCAUGUUCGUCUUGCUGCUACGUCCCUCCAAUUCUUCCCCACUCCACGGCCUCCUUGUUCCGCGAAGAUGGGUAAUGGACCCAAACAAGCCCGACACUUCCAGAUAUAUAAUGCAGCGUUUCCUAUACCAAGUGCGACGCCUGAUGGAUCUCCUCCGCUUUGGAAGGGCUCACACGAAAUUUGACUUGCCUCCGGAUGAAGCGUCGUUCGUGGACAUCAUAUUGGUUCAAUUGUGCCGCAUGCUCUACAUUUUGGGGUAUAACGUGCUCGACGCAGGACUCAGCGAAACGAUUGCGGAGAUUCUGUUACUGCCACCGCUGGAAGUGGAUGAUACCCGCAAUCCGUCGCCACAGAUCCUACGGCGGCUCGCCGAUCAACGCCUAGAAUACCUGAAGACAAUUCAGGCGUUAGACAACGGAUCUGCCAUCAAAGACUUAGUACUCCUGGUACACAGUGAUCGACACCACCGCACCAGUCCACUCCACCGGUAUAUCCCGCGACUUGUGUUUGAGACUGCUGCCGACAUCACUCACCAAUUAAACCGGGCUCCAGCAUUUUGA